UUAAACCUAAAUAUAUCAAAUGGAUUUACACAACAGUUGUACGACCAAUUUUGGCUUAUGGAUGUCUUGUGUGGUGGCAAAAGGGUGAAGUGAGGACAAUUCAGUCUAAAUUAGGCCAUCUUCAAAGGAUGUGCCUAAUGGCAAUGACUGGUGCGUUCUCUUCGACUCCCACGGCUGCUCUCGAGGUUCUUCUCGACGUUGUCCCACUACACAUACAUCUCAAACAAGAAGCACUUUCUUGUACUUACCGAUUAUGGGUUCUCGGUUUCAUGGAAGAGAAUCCUAUAAACCGCAGUUCUACACACACUUCGUUGUUACAACUCAUGGUUGAUUGGGACAGAACAGUCCUUGCUCCAAGUGAUCUCACACUCGCUAGUAGUUUUCCUUAUAGGACAUUUUCAACACAAUUCCCCUCGCGGGAUGAGUGGACAUCUGGCUAUUUGGAGAGAAGUAUGUCGGACAGCAUUGUUUGUUAUACUGACGGCUCCCUCUUCGAAGGUAGAGCGGGUGCAGGUGUCUACUCGCGUGAGCUAAGAUUGGAACAGUCACACUCACUGGGCAGACACUGCACUGUCUUUCAAGCGGAAAUAUUUGCCAUUAUGUGUGGAGUGCAAUCUGCACUUCAGAAACACAUAAUGGGCAAAGUAAUAUACUUCUGUUCAGAUAGUCAAGCAGCUAUCAAAGCCCUCGCUUCGGCCAACUCAAGGUCGAAGUUAGUAAUCGCAUGUCGAACUCAAAUAGAGGAACUGAAUUCAGUUAAUACAUUGCACCUUAUAUGGGUACCUGGCCAUUCGUCCAUAGCUGGAAACGAAUUGGCUGAUGAGUUAGCUCGCACUGGAGCAUCACAAGACUUUUUUGGUCCUGAGCCAGCUAUUCCAAUAUCUAAGUGUUGGGUGAAGCGUUUGAUUAGCUCUUGGGCUUCCACUCAGCACAAACAGUAUUGGAGUAGUUUGGAUUCAUGUCGACAAACAAAAUUGUAUAUCCGAGAGCCAUCUCCGGUAGUAGCUAACUAUUUAGCUAAUCUGUCUAAACAGAAUUGCAGUGUCUUAGUCAAGGCCUUGACAGGUCACUGCCGACUCAACUAUCACAUGGCAAAUAUUCAACGUGUUGAAUCCUUUGUCUGUGAUGGUUGUGAAUCCGAUUAUGGAACUUCUUAUCAUCUGAUAUGUAACUGCCCAGUUUAUGCGCAACUGCGUUUCCAAAUAUUUGGUAAACACUUACUAAGUGAAAUUGACUACAGAAACCUGAACCUUCAAAGCAUUCUGUUGUUCAUAACCCGUUGUGGUAAGGAGCUAUGAGCUUUUGUGCGUGAUGAGAAAGGCUGUGAAGGCGAUGGCACAAAUCUCCCGAAUUGAGGUGAACGUGCC